GACCACUGAAUAUAUUGCUAUAAAUUUUGUUGACGUUAACAAUUGCGUCAACUGAUUUUAAGGGUUACAAAUGAUUGAGUGUUAGUCCAGUCGGUGGAGAUGUGUAAUGUUCGUUCGAGAGCGAGUUGAAAUAUUUUCCGAUAAAAAAGGAUUUAUCGCGACUCAGGAUCGUCUUAUGGAUAAGAAAACAACCUCGCCCGAAACGAUGCUGAUGCAGACGUCUCAAUUGACGCAGCAGUGGUUGGAAUCCAUGCAAAAUCAGAGGUCGUCGUUGCAAAACAUUUACGCCACGCAGCAGACCUUAAUCAACAGGCAGAAGUAUCUGCAGAGAGACAGUUCCGUGCAGUCGGACGACAGUCACUGCAGCAGCGUCGAGUCAGUUUUGGAGUUACGCAAACCCGAUCCCGAGGCCGUGCUGUUGGGGCUCGGCUUCGGUCCAAAACACGAUUCGAGUUUUAUUUCUCGGAUACCGAGUCGGUUCUUGCAACCAUCGAAGUUGAUCACUCAUAUUGACAUCAACAAAUUUAUCGAACAGUACAAGGUUGAACAUGACUUAGAUAGUCAAUCCGCCCCUCAGUCGCCUGUAAAGACGCUUCCGAAAAAUCACUAGUCGUCUUUAGGUCAUCUGCCAUUCCCAUCUUGCCCAAGAAAACAUAUCGGUCAAUUAUAGCAAUGACCAAAACCUAUGGUUUUUACUCUUGUGAUCUUAAAACUUAUAAGUAUUCACACAUUCCUUUGUCUUGUAUUUUUUUACAAACUUUACCGGUAAAUUCUUGCCACAAAAUGUCAAUCUACUUUCCUAUUUAGCAGAUAUCUUCCAUGUUAUUUGAAAGAUGCAUUGCUCUAUGUCUGGUCUUUCAUGGAAAUACACGCCCUCUGUCGUUUGUGAUUUGAGGUUAAUGUCAUGCACAGAUAUUAAUAAAAUUUGUUUUAAUUUUUGACACCAAUAAUUAACAGAAACAUUCUGUGCAUAACUCUGUGUUCUCAACCAAAUUUAUACGACCAUGAUAUUUACUGUAUAUAAUUUUUCCUCGUAUCUCUCUAUAUUUUUGUAAAAUAAUUUAUACCUUGCGAGACCAAGUUUUAAAUAAAAA